CAUUUUGCCCGGCAUGCGCACGAUAGUGUUGUUUGAAAAAUAGUGGGUGGAGCCUAUUGAAGUGGGACGGAUCGUUAGGAAAGUAAAUCGAUGUAGUUGUUCGUCUAUCAGCCGUCGUGUUAACAUGGGUUCCUUGUUAGUGUCAAGUUCUGUAAAGCCAGAACACCGCAGACUUGAAGCUGACCGACUCCACAUACGUCCAAAUUCGUUGGCAACUACCGGCGACACUUGUCAGCAAAAUAAAAUUAAUAAACUGACCAAAGACAACCCGUAUCUAAUCGAAGUAGAGGUACCCACCGAAAUGGUUCCUGCGCCGGGGGUUCCUGUCCUGGUUGACGAGUGCCCCCCCGAUUACAGCGUCAACGAUCCCCUGAACGCGGAGAACGAGUUGUCAAGUGCACAGCCGCAGGCGCGGAAUCAACACGAAGAGAAAGCCGACGUGCGGGGGAACGCUGGGGACAACGGACAACCAGAGGGCAAAAAAUCUAAUGCGCUGGGUAUACUGCUGAUUACGUUGAAGAUUAUCUGUGUCCAUGGCUUCCUUUACAUCUUCAUCAUAUCACUCAACCUGCUUAGCCAAGCAUUCAGACUCUUGGGUGGCAAAACUGCUGGUGGUUUCAUGUCUAAUCACGUGCUCCUUCAAAAUCCCUUGACUGGUCUUAUGAUUGGCAUCCUUGCAACUGUGUUGAUGCAGAGCUCAAGUACGUCUACGUCCAUUGUGGUCACAAUGGUAGCAUCAAACAUGAUCGAUGUGGAGCCUGCAAUUUCAAUUAUAAUGGGUGCCAAUAUUGGGACAUCUGUGACCAAUACGAUUGUUUCCCUGGCCCAGUAUGGAAAUAGGGAUGAAUUCCGGAGAGCAUUUAGUGCUGCCACCGUCCAUGAUAUGUUCAAUUGGUUGAGUGUUUGCUUGUUACUUACUGUGGAGGUCUGCACUGGCUACCUCUACAAGUUGAGUGGGUUGAUGGUGUCUAACCUAUCUCUUCCAAAGUAUAAAACUCGUAAGUUUGACAUGCUGAAAGUAAUAACUAAACCUGUUACAAACUUGAUUGUUCAGCUUGAUAAAGAAGUGAUAGAAGGAAUUGCCACCGGUCAAUAUUGGGGUGGAAGAAGGUUGUUAAAGGUUUGGUGCAAAUAUAACAAAACCUAUAUUCUACAAAAUGUUACACGUGAAGUUAAUGUGUCUUCCGGUGAAGGUCCUAAUUUAAUAUUCAAGCUACAGAAUGAAACACAAUUAGAGGAAGCAUAUAUAACAUCACCCACAGAGAAAUGUUAUUGUCUGAUGAGUUAUAUCAAUUGGAAUGAUUCGGUAUCCGGUGUUGUUUUGCUGGUCAUCUCACUGUUAUCGUUGGUCUUUUGUCUAAUGGGAAUGGUACGCUUGCUUCAUUCGAUGCUCCGUGGACCUGUAGCUUCAGCUUUGAAGAAAACAAUAAACUCUGACAUUCCAAAACCAUGUUCAUUUCUAACUGGAUAUGUAGCCAUCAUUAUUGGCGCUAUAUUAACAAUAAUUCUUCAGAGCAGUUCUAUAUUCACAUCAACGCUCACACCUUUAGUUGGUAUGGGUGUCAUUCACAUUGAGCGAAUGUAUCCACUGACUUUAGGUUCCAACAUUGGAACGACUGCAACUGGUUUAUUAGCUGCCAUGGCAACUUCAGGAGACAAGCUGAAAGCUGCUCUGCAAAUUGGACUCUGCCAUCUUUUAUUUAAUCUAACUGGCAUUUUAAUAUUUUAUCCAGUACCAGUAAUGCGUAAGCUUCCUAUAAACCUGGCGAAAAUGUUGGGCAACACUACGGCCAAAUACCGUUGGUUUGCUUUCCUGUAUUUACUGACUGCAUUUUUCCUGCUUCCAGCAUUUGUCUUUGCCUUGUCACUGGCUGGCAAAUAUGCACUGAUCACAGCUUGUGCCAUCAUCAUUCCACUCCUUGCCUUCAUCAUCAUUGUUAAUAUUCUGCAAAGAAAAAUGGAAAACGUCCUGCCAAAAGUAUUGAGGAACUGGGACUGGCUUCCUCUCUGUUUACAUUCACUAGAACCAAUGGACAAGUUCCUGUCAAAGUUCACAGGAUUCUGUAAAAUGUGUCAAAAAAAGCUGGAUCAGCCAAGAGCGAAUGAAGGAUCCAGCCUGAGUACGAUUAAUAAUUCUUGUGGUGUAAGUCCUGGAGCUGACAGUCCUUCAAGUUUCCAUUCUACAGCACGACUAAUACAAGAUACAACAAAAUGUUGAUAAUUUAGGAAUUAAUAGCUCAUUAUAAAAUAAUUAUUCAUUUAGGAAUUUUUAAAUUUUGAAUCACCUUUUUUUUUUUUUUUCACCCCUCUCUCAUGUGAGAGCAGAUCUGUUAUCAUUUCCUACAACUUUUGUGUAGGUGUGAAAGGGAUUAUAUAUACACAGUCACAUAUCUACAACUGUACAUAUAUAAUUGUGUGUGAUUGUAUAUAUACACACAUAUAUACUUAUGAGUUUCUCUGUGUGGUGUGUGUGGGUGCGUGUGUCUGUAUGUGUGUGUGUGUGUGAACUUGCAUAAAUGUUAUAUUGAGGGUGCUGGCACUGCAGUUUGUAAAUAUUCUUCAUCUAAGUAACAUAAUAGGACCGAGCUAAUAUAGGGGAUCUAUUCAAGUGAAUGCUUUACUGAAAGAUAUAGAAGUUUAUACCAUUAUAUAAAGCUAUCCAUAGUAAAAUUAAGAUGUGUAUUUAUGUGCAUUAAUUAUUAUUAAGGCUUGUGCAUAAAUGCAUCUGUUCCUAAUUAGUACGCAAUAGAAUAACUAAUGAUCAUGUAUGUAAGAUAUAUAAUGUAUAUAUUUAUGUAUAUAUAUAUAUGCAUACAUAUAUCAAUGUGUAUGUAUACUAUAUAUGUCUACAUACAUAUAUGUAUAUACAUGUUUGUGUGUAUAAAGUAAAGCUGUAAUCACAUGUAUAUAUUUGAACAGAUUUGCACUAAUUCAUCAUUAUAUAUUUAUGUUAGCUAAUGGCUGCAUAUAGUGAACUAUAAUGCUGGCACAAUUAUUUCCAAAACCAUUUUACAACGACACUAUCUCAUUGACAUUGCUGAAUGAUAAAAGCUGCUGAGAAAAACUUACUUCAGAAGAAAUGAAGUCAUUCUUCAAGUUAUCUUUUGAAGCUUACCUUUAUAUUAGUUUAUUAGUGAUUAUGAGUAGAAAAAAAAAUUCUAGUAAUAUUAAUAACUUAGAUGAAUAUUUAGUAAUUUUCAAACAUUUUGUUUCUUAAUUUACAAGCUAUUUUAAUAUAAUAAUAUGUAUAAAAAAAAAUUGGCGUGGAGAAAGAGUAAGCUUGGGUAGCUUAUUCUUUAAUUUCAGUCGCUAGUUCAUUCACUUCAUUUAUAUCAUGACUGAUAACUAGGAAAGUAUGAACAUCAUUAAUCAAUAUUCACAAGAAGUAGUAAGCAGUGUAAUAUAAGCGAUGAAAUAUGUUGAUUAGCUGGCUCUUCAACCAAACUGCUUUUAAUCCCCAUCUCCAGGUCUUUCAUUUCAUUUACAUAAUCACUGACCUUUAGGAAGGCAUAAACUUCACAUCUUCAUUCAACCACCUACUCCGAUAAAAACUUAAAUUUUGUGCCUAUUUAAAACAUUAAUAUAUAUACAUAUACACACACAUAUAUAUGUAUAUGUGUGUGUGUGUAUAUGUAUAUAUAUAUAUAAUAUAUAUAUAUAUAUAUAUAUGUAUUAGCUAAUCUUAUGUUAUACACCUGGUAGUUUGCUGGUAAAGCAUGUUCACUGGCUCAGUGUUCAUUGGGUAUGUAAUUAAUGAGAGAAACGGAAGAUGGCGAGACUUUAUUGAUCACUACAAUCAUUUUGACCCAUCUAGCAUCAAACCCCUGCGGAUGGGAUGCUGCACAACUGAUUUAGGUAUAUCCCUCAGUGUAGAUGUGUCUCCUCAGGUGAUUUCAAGAGAUAUUAUUAAAAUAAACUGUUUCACACAACUUGUUUUCCUCUUGGUCUUCAUGAUAGAAAUAGCAAAUUGGUGGGUACUGCAUCAUUCUUAUAGAAUAUCAAUAUUUUUUUGCUGUAUUGUAUAUUUGUUUCUUUUUGUAUCUGGUUUUUGUGAUUGAUCUUCUAUAACAAUGAAGCCGUAUCCAUUAAUUUACCGUUCCUAUCUUUGAGGACCAAGAAGAAAAUAUGCAUGUCAUGUGAAACAGUCUAUUUUAAUGAGAUACUGUUUGAAAUCACCUGAGGAGACACAUCUACACCCAUAAAGGAUCACUGGUAGAUGAAUCGAAACGAUUGUAGUGAUCAAUAAAGAUUCUUUUAUCUUUCAUCUCAUUAUAUAUAUAGUUAACUCUAUUGUAAACAAUAUUUGAGACUAAAAACCUAAUUUAUUUACAGAAACAAUUUAUGUUCCUCAAAAUAUGCUUUCUUUAGAUACUGAAUUAAAACUAAAUAUCAUACUUAAUUGGUACCGUUCAAAAUAAGGCUAAUUUUAAUUUAUAUAUGUAUGUUUUUUUUAUAAGCAAGUAUCUUUAUCGUGAAGAUUAAGAUCAAUUUAGACAAAUAAAAUUAUAAAAUAAUAAAAAUAAGUGAUAAGACUAUAAUAAUUAUUAUUAAUAUGGAAAAUAUAUUUAGGUAUUUUACUAUAAAUUUUGUUUAUAAAGUAAAAUUUAGUCCUAUUUAAAAAUAUCUUUAAAUUUUUCUGUUCAUUUUUGUUUUGUUUUCAAACACUCAGAAUUUUUCAUAGGUAUAAAGAAAAACUACACAAAAAACAUUUUCAAUUUCAUUUUGUCAAUUCUUUUACAUCUUUGGUUAAUGUUCUAACUUUGAAACAAUGUUAAAUAUUAAAAUUAUUUGAUUUAAAAAAAAA